AUGAGAAACCAACCAAUUCCUGCUUGCAAAGGGAAUGUUUUAUAUACAGGCAUACAGCGCUCCUGUGCAGGCUAUGACUUUUCAGUCAGACCCGGGCAAGGUGUGAAGGCUAAGCCUGACCUCCCCAAAAGAAGAGACCGGCCCAGUGACCCCUGGGCUCUGCACCAAGCUGCUCGCCUGCAAGAACAGACGGCCCGCAGGCCCUGCCCCAGCUCCUGUGGUGGCAUGUUAAAUCCCAAGGAGGAACGCUGCACAGAGAGAUCAGUGCUUGCCCAGCCGACAUUUGUUUUUGAAAAGAAGGACCGUCCUUUGAAGAGGCCUGCAGAAGACCCAGUUUGCAAAGCUGAAAAUGAUUUCAUUAGCUGUUCCAGAAAGCGUGCAAGAUCAUCAUCUUUUACUUUCCAGAAGUCUGACUCUCAGUCUAACACAGAUACAACUCUUGCUCAGAAAAGAGGGAGAUCAUCUUCCUUUACCAUCCUUCCCACCUUCCCUCCCUCCCAGCCAGUAAAGAAGAAUAACAUAUUCAUGACCUCAGCUCUUCUUCGAAGAAACUCUGACUUUGUCAAAAGUACCAAAGAAGGAUCCUUGUCACAAAAUCAAUUGCGAAAUGUCAUUAGACCGGCCAUUUUACAACCCCCACAAGCCCUGACCUGUCCUGAAAAUCCUGUAGUAUCUCUAGUAACCAAGGAAGAAGCACAUGUUCAGCUAUCUGAAGACAGCUCUUAUUCCUCAACUGAGAAUUCAGUAAGUUCCAAAACAGCAGCAAGGUCAUCUACUACGAAGAAUCUUUCUAGCUCUAAAACAACACAAAGUCAGUUGUUUGAAGACAUAAGUGUACAAAACAGCAGCAAUUCUGAUUUUGUGUUUGGAGAAAACAUGGUUGAGAGAGUGUUGAGUCCUGAAAAGCAUACCAAGCCAUGUAAUGAAGUUGAUUCAUACAAAGGAGAAAUAACAUCCAUGUACAUAGAAUCUUCUCAUGUCGGUCCACAAACAAAAACAGCUUUGUUGAGGAAUGCAACACUAAUUGAAUCGGCAGCUGCUUGUAUUUCCAAGCCAGUGGAGAAAAUUCUGUUAGAUAAAGUUGAAGUUAUAACUGGAGAAGAAGCAGAACACAAUGUAUUACAGAUCAACUGCAAGCUCUUUCUAUUUAAUAAGCUUUCUUCAACCUGGAUUGAAAGAGGCAGAGGAUCCCUGAGGCUUAAUGACACUUCUAGCAAUAAAUGUGGAAUGCUGCAGUCAAGGCUAAUUAUGCGUAAUCAAGGCAGCUUGAGACUGAUUCUCAACACCCGACUAUGGGAUCAAAUGGUUAUAAAAAGAGCAAACAGAAAGAGCCUGUGCUUCACUGCAACAGACCAAGAGGACCACUCUGUUCAAGUAUUUCUAAUUCAGGCUAGCUCAAAAGACACUGGAUACCUGUAUGCAGCAAUACAUCACCGCCUUGUGGCAUUGCGAAGCUUUGCUGAGCAAGAGCCAGAUGCUCAUCAAGUAGACACAGAGUCAGAAAUAGCUUUUCAGCCAUUAAACUGUGAUAGUGAUGAUGAAGAUGAUGAAAAAAUAACUCAAGUGAGCAGCAGUGGAUCUGAUCAUUCUAGAUGGAACCGCAGGCACUAUGUAGCCUGCUCAUGA